AAUGAGACAGCGAAGAAAGUUCCUGGCUAGCACAAAAUUGUUACAAUAAGUUAAGAAAAUGGUGAGGUGGUUUCGACUGAAGUGCCCUUGUCCUGUUAAAGGCUGCCCAAACAGUGAGGGAAAACUUCUCAAAUGGGUUUGUGCUAAAGACAAAGACGAGAUGUACAUCAACGAGAACGGCAUACUGGCGUGUACGCACGAUAAACACGUCGGUAGAAUUAUCAACUGGAAAUUCGAUUGCGGAGAUCGAGACGGAGCACACAUAUUCGAACAUUACCAAAGCCCCGACUAUGAGGGUUUCAUGCAUGCAAUGGCUAUGGCGUUACCACAUAUGCGCGAAGCCGGGGCAGACUGGGUUCUUUCUCUAGUUAAUGCGGUGAGAAUCCAAUAUGGGAAAUGAAAUAUCUCACCAACAUUUGACAAAAUAUCUAUACAGGAACUAAUAAUGAUUGUGCAGUAAACAUUUCUGUUAUCUCGUUCUGAAUAAUAUCAGAACUUAGGGUUCUCAUCUACAUAUAC